GGGCGUUCCAGGCAGAAGGAACUGCCAAGGCAAAGGCCCGGCGGCAGGAGGUGGGAGGCAUGUUGGGGGGGGGGGGGGGGGGGAGGGGCAGGAAGAGAACUGGGCUGAGGCUCCGGAGGCCUGGGUGGCAGUUUCCCCUGGCGCUCGCUGUGGUACUUGGAUCUCUGGAGCUCAGUUUCCCCAUCUGGAAAUUGGAAGAUGAAUUGUAGCCUCCCUCCUGGAGCUCUGGGGAGAAACAGAAAGCCUCCCGCAUGGGAUCGGGCCCUGGUGCUGUGUCCGACUUGCUGCAAGACCCUGGUCCGGUCAUUUCUGUCUCUAGGCCUGUCCGUCCUCCACACCUGCCAUAGAUGGGGAGCCCAGACGGCACUAGGGGCGAAUUCUCUGGGAUGCUUUAAAGUUAAAACACAUGAGAGACAAUUCGCUUUUAAAAAUUAGAAAGAUAGGGGUGCCUGGGUGGCUCAGUGGGUUGAGCGUCCAAGUUUGGCUCAGGUCAUGAUCUCACGGUUUAUGGCUUCGAGCCCCACAUUGGGCUGUGUGCUGUCAGCAUGGAGCCUGCUUUGAAUCUUCUGUCCCCCGCCCCCCUUCAUCCUCUCGUGCUCACUCUAUCUCAAAAAUAAAAUUUUAAAAACAUUACAAAAAUUAGAGAAAGACCCUUGGCACUGACAUGUUUUCUUUCAGGGGCAGUGAUUUGUAUUUUCUAAUCUCAGGGCCUUUGCAUUGACCACACCCUCUGCCUGUCCCUCCCUCAAGCACCCCCUCGGCUCAGAGGUUUUCUUGGAGGGAUCUCCCCAGACUGCCCCCCUGGCUAAAUGGCCCCGUCUUGCCCCCAACCCACUUUACUUUUUCCUUCGCACACUUGCAACUGUUUGAAAUGAUAAACCGUGGAGUUGUUCUCAACUCUUGUUUCUCUCACUUACCACGUCCGAGUCAUCGGCACAUCCUGCUGGCUACACCUGCAAAACACCCUCAGACUUUGAUCCCUUCUCGCACCCCCACUGCCCCCACCCGGGGCUGUGUCCCCAUCAUCACUCACCUGGACUAGCGCAGCAGCCGCCUCAGCUGUCUCCCUGCUCCUGUCCCCGGCCUGUUCUCGAGGCUGCCAGACGGAUUCCACAAAGUCAUGAGUCACCUCCUGCCCCUCCUCUGCCCACGACCCUCCUAUGGCUCACAGCUCACAGAGAUCUAAGAGGCUCUGUGGGACCUGCUACUGUCACCUCCCUAUUCUCACCUUCUCCCGCUUUGCCCACACUGCUCCAGCCACCCGAGCCUCUCACUGUCCCUCAAACACACCACACCCCCUCCUGCUUCAGAGCCUUUCGCCAGCUGUUCCCUCCGCCAAAACACUGUUCCCCCAGACGUCCCAGGGCUGACUCCCUCUGCUCCUUCCUGUCUCCACCAGACACUCCCUCGGCCCCACCCUCUGCCACGCUACACAUUAACUUGUUUUCCUUGUUUAUCCUCUCUCUGUCUCCCCUUCUAGCCAUUUCCACUAGGGCAGGGCUCUUUGUCUGGCUUGCUUGUGGGUGAGUCCCAGUAUCAGAAACAGUGCCUGGGGCUCAGUAAACACGUGUUGAGUGGAAUGGAUGGAUACAUGGUUGAAUGGACAGAUGGACCCAUCGGACGGCUGGGGACUAGAUGGGUGGCUGCAUGGCUGAGAUGGCUGUGUAGGUGGAUGAGUGGGUAGACGGAUGGCUGGUGCUGAGGUUGCUACUCAGAGCGUUUUGUAGAGACAACCUCGUUUAGUCGUCAAGCUACGUAUGAGGAGUGCUUUCUCAUAUCCCCACUUUAUGGAUGAGGAAACUGAGGCACAGAGACAUUAUUCAGGAUCCGACUCUAGCAGCGUGCCUCCAAGUGCCCGUCCCUCCACCAGUUGCCUGAGUCAGGCCCCGAGAGUCGUCACAGCCUCACCUGUUCACCACCCUCCGUCCGCAGGAUGUCACGACCGGGCCGUCCUGCUGUAUGAGUACGUGGGCAAGCGGAUCGUGGACCUACAGCACACGGAGGUCCCCGACGCCUACCGCGGGCGCGGCAUUGCCAAGCACCUCGCCAAGGCCGCUCUGGACUUCGUAGUGGAGGAGGACCUGCGGGCCCAUCUCACGUGCUGGUACAUCCAGAAAUACGUCAAGGAGAACCCCCUGCCGCAGUACCUGGAGCGCCUGCAGCCAUAACCCCGGCCCCGCAGGGCGGGAGCCCUCCAUGCCAGACCUCUCCUCACGGCCUUCGCCCUGGCCCUCCUCGUGCUCUCAGGAAACCCGCCCCUGCCCCGGGGGACAGACUCAGAGUUAUUUUUGUAAGGACACUCACCUGUGGCUCCUGGAGGCCGCUGGCCGAGGAUGGGCAGUGGUCCAGCUAUCCCGGUAAAGGGGAGGCCGGGCAGCCGAGGGUCCGGCCGCUCCCCCUCCUCAGACGCUGGCUGGCUUCUCAGAAGGCCACCCGGGCCGUUUGCGGGCAGGCCUGUGAGGGCCUGCCGCCAGGACCGGAGCGUGCUCAGGGGCGUCCCGUGGCCAGUCUGGCUCCCCCCUGCUGUUCCCAGCUCUGUGAUUGGCAGUAGGGCCAAUUUGGGGCCCCAUCUGCCACCACCUACGUCUGUGUCCUUUCUGCAGAUGAGGAGGGUGUCCCCCCAAGUGGAGAGGUGCAAUAAGAAACCUCGUGUGCCAACUUGCCGGGGGCGUAGCACCGAGCCACGGCUGCCACCAGCACUGCCCCUUCUCUUCCUCCGGCUCGUGUGCCCUGGCACCGGGGGGCAGGCCAGGGCGAGGGGCGAGCCUCCUUCACGUGCAGAGCCCGGAAUGGGUGUACACGUGAGCACACAUGCACACGCACACACAUGCACGCACACACACGCAUAUGCGCACACACACAGGACACUAUGUGCAGGGCUGUGCGUCAGCGGAGGGAGCGCCGGGUGUUCUCUCCGUGGUACCUGUUCCCUUCACUCCUUGCCCCCUGGCCUGUCAGCUCUGCAGGAAAUCGACACCCACCCGCUACCCGCCCCCACCCUCCGUUUGCCCCGACUGCCUGGAGCCAGCUCCGGGUGUGGCCCGAGCAACCAAGCACUGGGAAGCCCCCCUUCACCGGCCCCUUGGCCACCUGCAGGGUGGGCUUUCUCAGAGAUGACCCUAUGGAGCUCGAAUGGGAGGGAGGCGAACUGUCCUCAAGGAACCGUCCUCAGCACCCAAUGGGAAGAAACAUUUCUGCGGAGGGAUUUCCUUCAUGGCCGCUGGAUGUCAGAGCUGCUUUUCUCUUUCUUGGCAAGCUGGUGGCCGGGCACGUUCUGUGGCCUGGCUGGAAUUCCGGGGUUCCUCCCAGACCAACUUUCCUGGCCUGGGAGGUGCACACCAGCACCCUUUGUUCUGCCGGCCUUGUGAGCUGGUUAGAGCUCGGGGUCCUGACCUGUGCCCUACUUCCCACAAGGUCAAAUCCGUGCCCGCUCCUCUGUGGGGCUGGAGGGCGACCCUGGGGUCAGAGUCCCUCUGGGGGACUCUGAGAUGUCAGUUAACAGCACAUCUGGAGGGGUAUCCUGUCCCCUUCGGGCCUCCGACUGGGGGAGGGUUUGGGGAGGUGUGUGUGUUCGGGGUACUGGUUGCCAGGUGACCCCUCCCUUUUCUCUGACUCGCCAUGGCAUCCACUGGCCUGCGGUCGGCCUUUUCCGCUCACCUCUUCGCUUCCAGUCUCUGCACCAAGCUCACCGCUACCACCGCAGCAGCUCAGGGGCCACCGCAGACAUUUGCACAGACACCUUCUCACCCAGUGGCAGGAACGUCUAGAUCAGCAGGUGCACAGAGGCCCGACAGCCUGCCCACUGGGGGUCCCUGAGCCCCAGAGAGGCACUGCCCUUAGCAUCCCCCACCCACUCCAUGUGCCAGCCCCCAACCCCACUCUGGCCUCCAAGAAUUCCCCGAGGGCUGAGGACACCCCUCACUUUCCCACCGUGCUCCUCAGCUCUGUUUGCGAAGGGCUACCGCGAGGAGUCAGAGAAUCGCCUAGGCCUCCGCUGGGCUGGGAGUCCCUGGGCAGGAAGAACCCAGCAGGAAGUAGGCUCGGCUGCCGAGUCCCCUCCGAGGCUGGGGGUAUCACAUCCCUGGUGCAGUCUGAGGAAAGAGCAGGCUGUAGGCCCAAGAAUGGACAGAUGGGCCUUCUCCCUCUGACUCCUGAGGCAGUGGGGUUGGGGGUCCCCUCCCACUCCCCACCCACACAUGCCUUCCCAAGGUCAAGCACAGACUCAGUCAUGAAAACUCCUCCCCAGUAGCUCAGCAAGCUGGUGCUGCUUCCCUCCCUGGUCUGCAGGGUGAUGUGGGUACCAGGAGAGUACUUGGCCCCAGGGUCCCCCGAGCCCAUCCACGGGAGGGUGCCCUGCAGCAGUGGCACACGGGACCCCAGGGCCUACAGGAGCAGAGAGCCAGGUGGCAUCAGGAGGGAGCAGCCCUGUUCUAGUCCCCAGUGUGUCCCAGCCCGAACCUGUGUUCUUACAGCAGGUGACGUGCCACACUGGGCAGCAUACACACAAAACACUUAGUACUUGAACCAGGAGAAAUGCAGGGUCUCGGGGGCCGUGUACAGCCCUGGGCCCAGGAACAGCUCGUCCCCAGUUCCUGCAGGAGCAACCUGGAGCCUCCUCAACUCCGGCUGCCUUAAAGGACCAUUGCCCCCACUACGGGGCCCUCAGCCUUCAGCAGAGUCUCAAAGCAACAGCCUGCUCUCUGAGGCUGGGACCCCGCCGUCUGCAGCAGACGCGGGCCCUGGAGCCCCCAGCCCACCUCCACCGGCCUGCCCCGGUGCUACUCAGUCUGUUCCAGCCUCACCCCCACCCAUCCGCGGAGUUCCAGGAGCCCUUCCUCAGGAGGCGGGUCACACGGGCCGGUCCUCGCACCACCCUGCAGGGGCAGGGGGACGCUUAAGGAUCCCACCCGGGCCCCUCCCCCCCUUCCAGCAGAUCUCCCCCAAAGGCCCCGCGCUGUCCUGCCAUGUCUCAUUUUGUGGGUUUUUCUUGCCCAGUCAAAAUAGGGGGUAACUCAUGUGCCUUUCCUACUCAGGACCUGUUCCAUGUGGUGUCUGGGCCAAGGCUGGUCUCCAGACCUGCUCCCUUUUGUUAUUUUUCAAACUCCUGAACAGAUUGCAUGGCAUACAUUUCAAUAAAAGGUGUGAUGUGG